CUUUCUUACGAUAAAGAUAUAAUAAUGUUUUCACAAAAUCUUUUUACAAAAAGAAAAGAAAAAAACACAUUGAAAUCUUCUUCCUAUAAACGUCUCUUCUCUCUUUCAUCACUGCAAGAAACUUAAUCACAACUCUCUCUUUAAUCUCUUUGUCUCUCUCUCUCUCUCUCUAUCUCUCUCUCAUUUUAAUGGCGACCCAAGAUUCUCAAGGGAUUAAACUCUUUGGCAAAACCAUAACAUUCAACGCCAACAUCACACAGACGAUAAAAAAAGAAGAGCAGCAACAACAACAACAGCCAGAGCUACAAGCAACAACAGCCGUUAGAUCACCCUCAUCGGAUCUGACGGCUGAGAAGCGUCCAGACAAGAUCAUACCAUGUCCGAGAUGCAAGAGCAUGGAGACUAAGUUUUGUUACUUCAACAACUACAACGUUAAUCAACCAAGACACUUCUGCAAAGGUUGUCAACGUUACUGGACCGCCGGUGGAGCUCUCCGGAAUGUUCCCGUCGGUGCCGGUCGUCGGAAGUCAAAACCUCCCGGACGUGUCGGUGGGUUCGCUGAGUUGCUUGGAGCUGCGACUGGAGCUGUUGAUCAGGUCGAGCUAGAUGCUUUGCUAGUGGAAGAGUGGAGAGCUGCUACGGCGUCUCACGGUGGUUUCCGGCAUGAUUUUCCGGUGAAGAGGCUCCGUUGUUACACCGAUGGUCAAUCUUGUUAAUUAUUUUUACAUUUUUAUUUGUUUGUUUUCGGGUUUGGGUUUGGGUGGUUUGCUAUAAUUUAACCCGUAGAAAGAAAGAACGUGGUUAAAUUUGCUUUGCUUUGAUUACUCUGGAUACGUACAGGCUAGCAACAAAAUUUAACUAGUUAAUUACUAAUUAAUUAGUAGGUUUUUAAUACUUGCUUAUCUACUAAACAGCUGUUGCUUUUUAAUUUCUCUUGCUGUAAAUUGAAGCUCGUGGCCGUGGGAUUUUUCUUCUCUAAACAAAGACGGUGUGGUUGACCAUUAAUUAUCCUUGAAACUAUUUAUUAGUAGUACUAAUUUUUUUAGUUAUUAUUGCUCAAUCUCAUAAACCUAUAGAAAUCUAACUUUUUUGGUCUUUGUAGCUUCGCAUCGUUUAAGUGUAC